AUGAUUCUGGGUCAUCAGCUGGCCCAAGAUUUAAUUGAUCUGAGGAUGUCCGGUAAAUUGAUAAGCCUCAAGGAAAUCACUACCAAGAUCAUGGCCAUCAUCACCGGCGCUCGGCAGCUUCCUCCGGGCCACAGCCACUUUUCUCUGACAACCCAGGUCUGGCCCAACUGGCCCAGCAUCAGCAAGGUUCUUGCCUGGGAGGAGUUAGGUGAUCACACCUUCGAUCUCCUGGUCGUGUCCAGUCCUUCAGUAGGUCCAAUUCCUGUGGAUCUUCCACCCUCGCCUGUCAUUGCUGGGCCUUCUACCAACCCUGCCUCCAAGUCCCAGGAGAAGGGAAAAUCCGCUAUGAAGACUCGGAAGUGGGCAAAGAUCACUGGCCUUGCCAAAUUCAAGGUGUUUGUUGAGUCGGAAGAUGAGGAGGACUCGGUCACUCAGCCGAUUUCACAUGGGGUUCCGGAGGUCGUCCUCCCCCGGCUCUCCCCAGAUGUUGCAAGGACAUCUGGAUCACCUCAGUCACCCUGGAGCCCAAAGAAGAAACCCUUCAGGCCUGCUACAGCAAUUGCCGGCAAAUGUCCGGAGGUCAUUGAGCCCCCUCAGGCAACUCUUGAACCUCCGGCUUGCCACGAGAUGGAAUGGCCCUGCGCAACUUGGUUUGACAAGAGGACCGGCACCCCAUGCAUGACCUGCGUCUACUGCACCACCAAGAAGAUCAAGUGCAUCUCUGUGAGUAUGGGAACCCCACCGAAACGCAUUCGAGGUCAAUCUGUCACCCGGACCACCAGGAGGACCAGAUCCAGGACCCCUUCCAAAGCUCCCUCCAAAGCUCCGGCCGCCUCACAAAUCACCGGCCGGAUGCAGAGUCAAUCUCAGGUCUCUUCCGUCACUCCCGGUCCAUCUCGUGCCCAAACACCAAAGGCGCAAACAUGUGGUCGCAGCAAGACUGUCACUGCUGCCAAGGAACCUACACCUGCACCAGCUCCAGUCCCAUCUUCGACUUCCGGAGUUCCUCGUUUGGCACUUGAUGUGCCAAUGCUGGAUUUGCAUGCCAUGGCAAUGGCGAUUCUGGAGGGUGCAGCUCGAAUCGCCGCUCUUGAGGAGCGUGUUGUUGAGCAGGAUGCUAAGAUUGACACCCUGCAAUGCCUUCAUGAAGGCCUUCGACAUGAAAUCAUCCUCCGGCACCCGGCAUUUCCACUUCUGGACACCCAAGGUGAUGCAACAUCAUUUUUGCUUCAUCAACCUGUCCCUCCGGCCAUGUCAACCCCUGCAUCCGCACUUCCUGCUCUCAUUGACCUGUCUAUAGAAGGGAUGGAGCCCAACCCCCUCAACCUCCAGGAUGAGUCUGCCAUCAACGGACUCAUAUUUGAGCUCAACCAAAUUCAUCCUGAGGUUUCACAGACGCCCAGCGAAAUUGUGAAACCGGAUGAUCUGGGCAAUCUUUUCCCAGAGUAUGAUUCAGUUGAAGAGAUGGAUGUUCAAGUGAAGGGUGAACCUUCUGGUGAGGAUGUUGACAUGACUACAUAA